CGGUGUUCUCAUUGGUCGCUUGCAGCGUCACUCGCCGAAUGUUGGGGGCCGCACUUCCGCCUCGGUGUCAGCGGGGCUCGGGGGCUGCAGCGGGAGUCGCGCGCCAGAAAAUAAUCUGUGGCCCAGGCAAAUCCUGCAAAGUAUUUCAAUACAAUACCCUAUGUUCAGGCACUUCAUUUAAUCACCUAUUCAAGCUCUUCCAAUAAAGCAGAUAAACACCAGUUUUUUCCCAAGCUUAAAAGAGUUGGUUGUGAGGGGUGCUGCUUUCCUCUUCUCCAGAGUGAGAGAACUUUCUUCUGUCUGACACUUCUUUCCUGGUUCUUCCUUCACUUACUUCCAUCCUCUAUGUGAGACCUGACUUCCCUUCUGACCACAUUGUUAAAGUACAUACAAAUCUUCCAAAGUGACUUGGUAUCUACGCAGGAAGCUUUCCACAGCACAUGAACAUUUAAUCUCUAAAUCUAGCACAACGAUGCAUUAGACGAAGCCAGGCUGGUGCAGAAAUUUCAUACUGAAGGAUGAAUAGUGAAGAAGAGUUUUAUGAUGCCGUUACGGGCUUUGAUUCUGACAAUUCUUCGGGGGACUUUUCAGAAGCAAAUCAUAAAGUUGCAGAAAUGAUUGACCGGGAUUCCCACCAAAGCAGUAGGACUGGGAAACCUAAUGGAGAGGCGCAGCAUCAAGAGAAUGGAAUUAAGGAACACAGAACUUCAUUGCCCGCCCCAAUGUUUUCUAGAAGUGAUUUUAGUGUGUGGAGUAUAUUAAAAAAAUGCAUUGGCCUGGAGUUGUCUAAAAUUACAAUGCCCAUUGUCUUCAAUGAGCCCUUGAGCUUCCUCCAGCGAAUAACAGAAUACAUGGAACACAUAUACCUCAUCCAUAAAGCUUGCAGUCACACGAUCCCCCUGGAAAGAAUGCAGGCUGUGGCUGCUUUUGCAGUGUCUGCUGUAGCUUCUCAGUGGGAGAGAACUGGCAAACCAUUUAACCCUUUGCUAGGAGAAACCUAUGAGCUUACCAGGGAGGAUUUAGGCUUUAGGUUGAUAUCUGAACAGGUCAGUCACCACCCACCAGUUAGUGCAUUUUAUUCUGAAGGCCUCAAUAAGGACUUUAUUUUUCAUGGAUCAAUUUACCCUAAGCUAAAAUUCUGGGGGAAGAGUGUAGAAGCAGAGCCCCGGGGAACAAUAACUUUGGAGCUUCUAAAAUAUAAUGAAGCGUACACGUGGACAAAUCCAACCUGUUGUGUACAUAAUGUAAUUAUUGGUAAAUUGUGGAUAGAACAGUAUGGAACAGUAGAAAUCGUAAAUCACAGUACCGGAGAUAAAUGUAUCCUUCAUUUUAAACCAUGUGGACUGUUUGGAAAGGAGCUUCACAGAGUAGAGGGAUAUGUUCAGGACAAAAACAAAAAGAAGCUCUCUGUGAUCUAUGGUAAAUGGACAGAAUGUUUAUGGUGUAUUGAUCCUACCAUGUACGAAACCUUUAAAAAGAAUGAAAAGAAAGGUGGAGACCAGAAGAAAUUGAAACCGAGUGAAGAUGCUAUUAAAUCUGAGAAUGAUGAGGCUGAUGAUAUGCCAGAGAUCCAAGAGACAGUACAAGUUAUGCCAGGCAGUAAGCUACUGUGGAGGAUAAAUUCUAGACCUCCAAACUCCUCACAGAUGUACAAUUUCACCAGUUUUGCUGUAAGUCUCAAUGAGCUGGAAAAAGAUAUGGAAGCAAUAUUAGCUCCCACUGACUGUCGGCUGCGGCCAGAUAUCAGGGGCAUGGAAAAUGGCGACCUGGAUCUGGCCAGCAAGGAGAAGGAGAGAUUAGAAGAGAAACAAAGAGCUGCUCGCAAGGAGCGUGCAAAAGAUGAAGUAGAAUGGCAGACGAGAUGGUUUCAACAACGCACUAACCCAUACACAGGGACUUCAGACUGGUUAUAUUCAGGUGGCUACUUUGAUAGAAAUUUCUCAGACUGUCCAGAUAUAUACUGAAAAUUCUGAACCUAUCGCUCCAUCUCAUCUGGAGAUCUAAUUCUUAGAAUUCACUCUAAGCCAGUUACUCUGGUUUUGUUAGUAGCCAAAACCAGCUUUUCUAAAGUAAAUUUUAAUGAAAAUUGUAUCAUUCACCAAUCAAGGAUUUAAUUGUCAUUAAUUUUUGACUGCCAAAUAUUUAAAUGCUGUUAUGUUCCCUCCAUAAAGCUGCACUUAAAUCAUCAUGUGUUCACUAAUUUUUAAAGGGAUGAUGUGGGUUUUGGUCUCUUUGGUUUUUGUUCUUGCGUUGUGUUGCGUUUUAGUUUGGUUUUGUCAGAAAUGGCUGUAGCCAUUAGAGCUCACAGCACCCUUUUUAAUGAUACAACUUCAUAAAAUAAAUAGCACAGAGAUCCUUGUUGUUUAGUACAGUGAGAGAGAGUAUAAAUUCAGAACUUGGAACAAUGGUGACUAAUCAGUACAGUACAAACAUUAUCAAAACUGUCACGGGCAAUAUUCCCUGCAAAGAAGUGUAUGUGAAAUACUCAUCUAGUAUGUUCGUGCUUCAGAGGUCAGAGCUUUUGGUCUCCAGCCCAUUGAGCUAAGAUCAAGUACAGAUCCUGGUCUCUUUCUCAAUACAGUUCAAUGAAUUUAAAGACUUGAAAAAAAAUAUAAAACAUGAAAUAUUAGCUUCUCAAACCGCAGUAAGUCGGUUGCUCUGAAUUUUUCAGUCUUUGGACACUGUGAACAUUUUAAACUAUAGACCUGUAAUAAGAUUGCAGAAACAUAGGUUUGGAGAUGGGAAGGGUGCAUUAAAAAUGUGCUUAUCUGAAGUCAGAUGUUACUCUUUAAAAUAAAAAAAAAAGUUUCAGAGACAUUUGUAGAAAUGUCAAAGUGGAUACAGCAUAAGAUAUUUUGGUAUUGCUUGCUACCACUUGGAGGCUUAGCUCUCCACUACUUUUGGCAGCUUUAGCACUAUAUAUGCUUCUAGACUUAAGUUUUUCUUUGAAGCACUUAGUAUAUAAUUAUAUCUACAGUGGUCAUGUUUGUUUGGGGGUUCUGUUUGGUUUUGUUUGCAUGUUCUGAAGCAUUAUUGGGUCACAUCUGGUUGAACAUUGUGGAAAAAACAUAUUUUUAAAGCGAUGUGGCAUAACUAUACCUAUUAGAAGUUUUUUAAAUCUCUGUAAGCACAUGCAGUCAAUAAGAGUGGAUUUAUUUUCGUUUGCAUCGACUGUCAAAGCCAUAUAAUAUUGGAACUGGCUGAAGUCAGUUUAUUGUAUCUAUAAAUUUAUGGAGUUAUUUUCAAAGUGGUACAUUUCUGAGAUCAGGGCGUUGAAAAAUUAGGUUGAGUAAUGAAACCAGCUUUAAUAAUUGCUGGUUCUUUUAUGAAAGCUUUUAAUUUAGUAACCAGUACAAACUGGAGAGUGGCUACAUUGCUGCUAAGUUUACAGUAAUUCAUAGACUGCUGAUGUUAAGCAACAAGCAACUCUGAGUAUUCAUGAGAAGAAUCAGUGUGGUCGAUGCCUUCCAGAUGCAUUUGAGGAUUCAUACCUGUGACUUCAUUCAAAGACAAGGUUUUGAAGUGUAUCUGUCAGCUAGAAGAAACAUUAAAAAAACAAAACCCCAAGAAAGAGUGGUACUCUUUUUUCAUCUGAAAUUAUGGACCUGAAGAUGAGAGAAACUGGAUAUUUGUUACAUUUUAGUCAUAGUUUGUUCAUAUUUUUUCCAAUGAAGAAGGUCAAGGCAAUAAAGGUUCAGCUCUGAAAUACAUUAAUGUCAACUGUGUCCUGCUGUCAGAAAUCAGAGUUUGUGUUGACCUUGAAGUCUCUUGGACAACCAGACUAGUUGAUGGGCCUAGAGGUAAAAUAAUAUUCACUUCUGCUUCUGAGAGCAUUAAGCUUCUGCUUUUCAUAAGGCACAACUAAUCCAUAUGAGCAGCUCAGAAAUUACUUCCUGUCAAAUGUUGUGUAACUCUUAAAUCUAAAGGAUUAAUAUUUUCAAUGCUAUCAGCCCCUUCACUUUUCUUUGCAACCAAGGGAGCACUGGGCAUGGCUACCAGUGAAAACAGUGAAGGGAUUCAUUUACAUUUUAAGCCAGUUUUGUAAUGUCUCAUGAGUAAAACUAGUUUAAGCUAAAUGCUUAUGUUUUUUCUAUUUGUUAGCAUACUGUUUUAAUAUACAUAGAUUGAAAUGCAGUCACCAGAAUGGAGAAAUGUUAUAAUAAUGUGUUUUUGAAAAGCUACCUUAUUUAUAAAGAUGAUGUACAGGUGAGAAGCUUUGAAAUAUCUUCAUUAUGCAAAAAAAAAAAGUUGUUUUCCUUGUAUUUGAAAAGAUGCACAUUUUAAUCCAGAUUGCAUUAUAUCACUCUUCAUGGAAUAAAAAGUACCUUUGGCAGGUUUAAAUCAAA